AUGGCCAGGUUUUUACAAGGCUGGCUCGGUGUGAGCUUCAUUCUCUUCCAGAUCAGCUUCGCUUUGGUAUUCGAUGAAGUGCCUGCCUCCGAUGUUGUGCCUUCGAACCUUCAGACCAGGGCGAGUGACGAUGUUGACCUUUCCAUGCUGGAACUGCUGAAGAGAGACUCGUUCUACUGGACUGUUCCAGGAACCCAAAAUGGACACCGCGCCCUGGCCAACCUGACCAUCGACCUCCCCGGCGACGACGAGACAGUCAUCUCGCUAGACCGAUUCAAGCACCUCGUCGGGUCCGUCGAAUGCACAAACAAGACCAUGACCGUUGGUCUCCAAAGCCAGAAAGCGUUCGACCACGUAAAGCGCGUCUGGAAGUGGCUGAACGAGGGCGAGCCGCACAAGAUAAUUGUCGUCGCUGGCGCGGGUGAGUGUGGAUGGAAUCCAAGUCGAAUCCCCUUCUCUGCCUCGAAAGUCAGGUUCAACGAUGCAGACAAUACUGCAAACCUGGUUGGCAAGACGAUCGAAUGGAAGGAGUUCCAGAACUACGAACUCACCGUUGGCAACUACCAGCCUGUAUCGACGAGUGCUUUGGCUCAACGAGACGUCGACGAAGACAUGACCCUCCCAUUUGAUAUCCCUCUCCCGUUCAGCAGUGGGAGUCUCCAGACCCCCGUCGAUAAUCUCAAAUUGACCUGGUAUUGUGGUGACUGCGGCACGAAGGGGUCCUUUGACCUGGGCUUCCAUAUAGAAACAAAGCUGGGAAUCCCAACGGAUGCAUCCAUCUCCCUCUCCCCUAAUGGCGUCUCAACGGUCCUCAACCCCCGGAUUGCCAUCCAGUCCGACCUUACCGGUGACAUUGAUGAUGAGUGGCCGAUUGGAACGAUUCCCAUCGGAGGCAUCACGAUCCCUGGUGGGAUUCUUGAUGUCGGUCCGGAGAUUAUAUUCAGUCUUGGAUACUCGGUUGGGCCUCUCCAGGGCUCUGCGGGUAUUCAGACUGGUGUCACAGUUACUAUCCCGGAUGAAGCAGAGCUUGAGAUUGGCCUCUUGGACCCGGAUGUUUCUUCUGAUGGCUGGGAUGCCGAGGUCGAGACUGAAGAUGUCAUCCUUGAUGCGCGGCUGACGGGUGAUGCUCUUGUUUAUUUCAAGGCUGCGAUAGGUCUUUCGGCUAAGGCUCUUGGUCUUGGAUUCCAAGCUGGUCUCAACCUCAAACCCUACGCCGGUGCCGGGUUCAUUGCCCAAGCAACAACCGACGAAGUCUGCGAAGGAACUGACUACCAAUACGGCAUCAAAGUGUUUCCCAAAGCCGGUAUCUCAUUGAACGCGGACGUAGCCAAAGCGAGCGAGCCUGAGGAUCCCUUAGCGGAGGCUGUUAUCGCUUCUAUCACUGCCUCUAAUCUACCAACAUUCUGUACUGGCUUCGGUGGGGAUGCGUCUAGUACGCCGGUCCCAUCAAGCAGUGGGCCUGCGACGACGCCGACUCCUACCUCUAGCCCUAGGCCGAGCAGUACACCCCUUUCAAGCUCUAUCCCUACCUCUUCCAGCCAUAUUUCUAGUUCAAGGCUGCCCCCGUCCUCCACUCCUAGGCCCAGUCCUAGUAGUACCCCGGCGUCUUCGCCGUAUCCAAGCAGCACGCCCAGUUUGUCGCCGUCGCCAUCACCAUCACCAUCACCAUCAACGUCCAAGACUCGACGUCAGCACUUCCGCCACGGAGCGCAUGGUAGAAGGGUUUACUAGUGGACUGUUG